AAUUUAUAGUCGCACCGUGACUGUUAUAAGAGUUGAGUUUGCUUUUUUUUUCGUGGAGAAAUGGCUCACUUUUCGAAAGGAUCUGACAAGCCGGCGCUGAAAGGCGAGAGCCUUCGCCUUUACAGUAUGAGAUUCUGUCCAUUUGCACAGGUAAAGUACAUCGUGUCUGAGGCAACUUAGUUCGUAGGCGCUUUGCAUGUUUCUUUUACGACUGUUUCAUUCACUUGUUUGCGUGCGCGGCACAUCAUCGUGUUUUGUGUUUUUUGUUUGGUGCUUGUCUUUAUUUUCGAUCGUUUGGCACAUUCUAGCAAGCUUCCGUAAUAAGCCAUCAUUUCCAUACUUCAUUGUAGUUUGAGUUGUAUUCAUCCUGGUGAUUUAUUUGCAGAGAGCACGACUUGUGUUAGCAGCAAAAGGAAUCGAGUACGAAUGUGUGAACGUCAAUUUGAUGGAUAAACCAGAAUGGUUUAUCGAAAUGAACCCAGCUGGAGCUGUCCCAGUGAUCGAACUGCCUGAUGGAAAGGUUCUUUAUGAAUCUGCGAUAUGCUGCGGUUGGUAAAAUGUUUUUUGUUGCUGUUGUUGCUUUUGUUUCGCGCUCCUUAGUGUUUAAUUAAUGAGAAAGACGCUAAAGGAACGCACGAUUCUCAUCUCACUUUCCGGCCUAUGAUUGCAGAACCGAUCGAAAAAACGGUCCAAAUUUGAUUUGCCAAAAAAUUGUAGGAAACUCUGAAGCUCUCAUAGAAACUCUGCAUGGUUUAAAAUUUCCGACUGUGAACUUGUGUGGCCAAUCUCGGCAACCAUUGGUAAACUAAUUGGUGUUCCCAAUUAGCUAAUCUGUAGCUAAUCUAUAGCUAAAAACAUUGACACGUUAAUUAAGUUUUCAUUCAUUCAUUCCUUCAACAGUUUUCUAAAGUUUCUCCUGCUUCACUUCACAAAACCUUUUGGAACUUUUCAUAGAGAUAACAUGAUAGGCCAAAUAAUCAUAAAUGUAGCCCUUUCAUUCUCACCUAAUAUUUAAGGAGCAAGCCCUUUUUAGUUCUAACUUUUUCUCAAGCUGAACUUUCUUCAGACUCUUUGUCAACUCCUUGUUAAUUUUGUUUACUUAGAAUUUUUGGAGGAUUUUUAUCCAGAGAAGGAACAUCUAUUUCCUAAAGAUCUAGUUGAAAAACACAAGCAGAGAAUAAUGGUUGAAGUUUUGGGAAGCAAGGUAUGAUUGAUCUUUAUUAAAGCUGUUUUAUAUAAUAAAUGGUACUAAGUUUGAAUCACAUAGCAAAGACUUGGACAUGGCAAAUGGCAGGUGGCAGAAUUUUUUAAUUUAGUUAUUGGGAAUGAUUGGCAUAUGUAUUAUUUUUUUUAGUUGAUUCCUGCUUAUUAUAAAGAGAUGCUGGGUGACGGAAGUCCUGAAACAGUGGCAGAACUAAAUAAACAUCUGACUGCAUUUGAAAAAGAACUGAAUGGAAAAAAAUUUGUUGGAGGUGGGUCAUGAAAUAAACUACACCUGACAACUUUUUCUUAUGUCAGAAGAGUGUGAUUAGAAUAUAUUUCUUGAAUUUCUAAUGAAAAUCCAAAAACUUCUGAACUUUACUGCAGAAGUCCUUCUGACAAUUUCUAAAUGUGGCUGAAAGAUCCCCCUACAUUUUCAACUGAAGUCCAAACAUUUUUUCAUUUAACAAUGCUAAGUAUCCAGUCUAAUUUGGCAGGUAUAUAUUUCCAGAGUAAAAUUUUUCUUCUGGAAAAUUGACAACAAAGGCAAUUAAACUCACACAGAUCAAUAUUUAUCAAUCUGUAUCUGCCAGUUUCACUGACACAAGGGUAAAUAAUUGUUUCACAUUCAUACCACACGGAAAAUGAAAAAUUAGUUUAUUUUUGUCAUUAUUCUGAAAAAAUGGUCCAAAACUAAACUCUUGACACAUGAUUUUGUCUCUUCAGUUCUUGCCAGUCACUUGCAAACUAGCCAAUCAGCACAUGUGAAAAGUACUAUUCACUUGUGUGGUGUACAAUAAUAAAAAAGUUAUCCCAGUUUUUAUAGUCUUUUCCUUUUAAAACAAAAAUCCACUGAAUUGUGCUUGGAGAUUUUUACAUUAAAAAACACAUUAGACACAUGGCAAGAUGUAGGACCCUAGAAACAUAAGAAGAAAACUGGGUGUUUGGUUAAUUUGAGUAUUGGAAUGUUGGGGAAAAGUAUCACACAUAAUAAAAAUGCAUACAUUCCGGCUUUCUUGUAACAGGUUCAAGUCCCAGCAUGGCAGACUACCUCAUGUGGCCAUGGAUUGAACGACUCUAUCUAAUAACUGAUCUCCUGAAGGGCUUCCCAGUGCUCUCAGCCUGGUGUGCGGCCAUGAGUGAAGUGCCUGCUGUAAAGGAGUGCACUGUUCCGGCAGAAUGGCACAAAAAGUUCUAUGAAGGUUACAAAGCGAAAAAUCCAGAUGCACAGCUUGUUGGUCUCGAAUGAAAAGCCUGAAACACAAAUGUUAAACACGAUCCUAGAGAUACCAACAAUGUAGAAAGGAUUCUGUGUUUAUUAAUGAUCGUAUAGCUGUGUACGAAACGAGAGAAAUUAAAACUAAAGAAACAAUCGCAUAUUCAGUAACAAGGUUGAGAAUAUACUCUUAGUAAACGAUGUUACCACCAGCGUAGAAGUUGAGUCGUUGCUGUGUAUCAUUGUAUGUAAAUCAUUCCAUAACGGUCAGUAAGCCAUGAAAGCUGCUGUCCUUUGCAUUUUUACGAUGGUAGGCUGGGAACGACUAGAAAUUCCAAAUGUAGGACUAUUACUUGGAAUAAGUGUGGAUACACACAUUGAAAAUCUAAUGUGCUGAAAACAGAGGGAAAAAAGUUAGUAAGGAAGAGUAUACGAUGAAAAAUGUAUCAAGCGCCUCCUACAUCUUGCAGCGGAAACUAGCGAGGGUUCUAUCAUCUUAUCAGUCUUGCCACUUCCGUAUACGUCAAUUACGUUCACUGUCCUUUCGAUACUUCUUUGAACAAGUCAUCUCAUCAAUGAACGUUCUGUUACACGAGCUAAAAGGCUUUGCCGAGAAGAGGUUUUAGACUUGGUUUUUCCCUCCCCCAUCUUUGAUAAUCGAGAUAACUUCUAAUCAUGAAACCCCUUGGUGAAAUAACCCCCCUCCCACAAGCUGGUAAGACGUUAAGGUAUGACUACCAGGCGGACCCCUUCUGCAAAUUUGUCAGCUUUUCGUUUGUUUUGCAUUUUUCCGCUAAUGCAUGAUGAAUGAUUUGUGUGCAGAGAGCGCGACUUAUGCUUGCAGCAAAAGGAAUCGUGUACGAAUGUUUAAACAUAACUUCAUGUCUAGGCCAGAUUGGUUUUUUUUUUUUAAUGAAUCCGCUUGGCAAGGUCCCCGUUAUAGAGCUUCCUGGUGGAAAGGUCUUGUAUGAGUCGGCAAUAGUGGUAAGUAACCGUCACGAGGAGUGGAAAUGUGUUGGCAAAAAAUCCUUUAAGAGAUCCAAACUGGAUCUUAAGUCGCUAUUAGCUAAUUGGACGUGCAAUAGUGUUGUAGGAUCUCUCACCCAUCUUGUGCAUGGAUCGCUUCAGUAUGGUGUAUAACUACUUCCAAAAACUUGACUACGGUACGAGUGUCAAGUAAUUAACUCACCAUCGGGCAAAAUAGUCGAUAAAAAGAAGAAUAAGAUCGUUUGUUAAUUGCUUAUCUUUACUGGUCAGUCGCAUGUAACUCUAAGUAGAGAAGUAUGAUAAGUGACGUGAUCUCAAGCGUGCGUGACUCUAAAAUGCGUGACUGAUGACUGUGUAGGGACUGCGCAGUGACUGUGCAGUGACUGCGCAGUGACUGUGCAGUGACUGCGCAGUGACUGUGCAGUGACGGUGCAAACUCAUUUCGAAAGCAAACGUACUCUGUGAGCUAUCGUUCUGUGGACUAAAAUGACUCACUUUUCUAAAGGAUCCGAAAAGCCUGUCUCAAAAACAGAUGGCCUCCGCCUCUACAGUAUGCGAUUUUGUCCUUACGCACAGGUAAACAUUUUGACGUUCUGUGCGUGCUGUAUUAAACUUGAUAGCCAUAGUUGUGAAAGGCCAGCUUCAGUAUUUAUUUCAUCUGCCUUCUUUCUCGUUGGUUUUCUAUUCGGGGUACUUGUAACACAUUCUGCGAAAUAUACUCAGCGAUUGUCUAUUCCAUAUUUGUAGAGAACACGACUAGUGCUUGCAGCAAAAGGGAUUGAGCACGAGUGUGUGAACAUCAACUUGAAAGACAAACCAGAAUGGUUUUUCGAGCUGAACCCCGUUGGGAAGGUCCCAGUGAUUGAGCUGCCUGGUGGAAAGGUUAUUUACGAGUCUGCAAUAUGCUGUGGUAAGGGACAAGGUUUUGAAAUCUUGUGUACGGGCCAAAUAAGAAAAUUCUUUCAUGGCCUGGAUUUCAGGAGUAACUUGAAAACCGUAUAUUUAUAGUCAAACCAUUGCAACUUCUCGAUCCAUGUGCGAUUGUUGUUACUUGUCUUCACUUCUCUUUUCAGAAUAAUUACUUAGAACGUUAUUUAGAGGAGUUAAUAUGUUUUUCCGAUAACGGUACUGUUUUUCAUGGCAAGUGCUUGGCAAUGUAACAACUCGGAUGUCAUGUGACCUAAUACGGAACUGUACGUAGAACAAAUCGCUGAAUUUUCUCCAGGCAAUAGUAUUUGGGCAACCGGACUCAUCUGCUUGAGAUCCAAAAUAUCAAUCUUUCCUUUUUGACUCGACCAGUUCCCUCUGAAAUUAGGCAUCAUAAAAUAUUUUCCUGUUUAUGAAUGAUUUCUUCUGAGGAGGAAGGGUUCAAGUUUGAUUUACUAAAAUCCCAAAGCCCACUGGUUCUGCCCCGGAUUGAAAUUUGAUGGACCCAGUCCAGCAAGGAAAGCUUUAAACCAAAGUAGUCUAAAUUGUAGUCAAAAUUUACAAAAUGUCACAUUUUCAUCCUAAGUUGCAGAUUCCUGUACAAUGAGGUGAAAAAAACCCAUGUCUGUUGUUAGACCUUUAUUUUUUUAUUUUUUUUCCACGCAAAAGACUUCCACAAAAACUGGCUACCUUUUUAAAUGACUGGCUACCCAAACAUGAAAAUUCAUAAAAUAUUGGGGUUAAACUGAAAAUCAAGUCAUUUGUCAUCUUUCAGAUUUCCUAGAAGAUAUGUAUCCAGGAAAGACAAAUUUGUUUCCGAAGGAUCCAUUUGAAAAACACAAGCAACGAUUACUGGUUGAAGUUCUGUGUAAUAAGGUACACAUUCAUUCUUACCCACUCCUUAUAGAAUGUUUCUUCAGAUUCAGAGGCAGCCCUGGAAGCUACAGAGUUUUGGAACAAAAACUGAUCCUCAAUUCAAUGCCAUGUCAUUUGUGUCAUAAAUAAAUUUAUUACUUCCUGGUUGAUAAAAUCCACGCCAAUUACUUGAUUUUAUGCCUUGCAGCUCACAUCUGCCUUUUACAAAUCUAUACGGGGUGGUGAUGAUGCCAAAGAGGAACUAUACAAGCAACUGGCUGCAUUAGAAAAAGAACUCAAAGAGAGGAAUACAAAAUUUAUUGGAGGUGAGCUCUUGUCAAUUAUUUUGAUUCAGAUAGGUUUAAGUAUAUUGCCUGUUCUUCCGAUGCUAGAGGAAACUGGUAACAUGACAAUUUGGUUAAUUGUCUGAAAAAUAAAAAAAAAAUUAUAUAAUAUCCUUCUCCCAUCUGUAUGUGAAGGCCAGGGUUUCCCAGUUUUCAUGAGGUUUUUACAUUAAUUUUCUAAUGAGCCCCAAGGCUUAUUUAUUUCUUUUCUCUGAAAUGUUUAUUUCUUCAUGUUGAUCUUUCAGUCUUCAACUAGUUUCAUACCAGGAACUCACACAAAUAAAUUGUACAGGAAGGAUUCAGGGAGACAGGAUUAGAAAAAACUACCCUUUUUCCGCCACAACCUGUAAAGGAAUCAGGCAAAUAGAGCUGAUAGUCUGAAGAGAAAUCCCUUGUUCAAAAUUAUUAUUAUAUUUCUUAUUUACCAGGUUCAAGUCCCAGCAUGGCAGACUAUCUCAUAUGGCCAUGGCUUGAACGGCUCUAUCUAUUGACUGACCACUUUAAGACUGACUUGGGUAAGUUCCCAGUACUCUCAGCUUGGUGCGCGGCCAUGAGUGACGUGCCUGCAGUGAAGGAAUGCAGUUAUCCAGCGGAAUGGCACAAAAAAUUCUUAGAGGGAUACAGUACUGGCAAUGCAGAGUCUCAGUUGUAUGGCAUUGAAGAGAAAGUGUAAACAGGCUUUCAAAUCACGUUCGUAUUUUUAACGUUGCUCCUUUCUAGAACUAAAAGGAGAAGGAUAGAAAACCGUAAUGAAAAAAUUGAAAAUAUUUGUCACGUAGUUGUCUUCCACUGUGCUUGUCACCCCUUGCUUCACAUUGCUUUCGGGGGCCGUUAAAAGCAUAUGAUAAAAUUUGACGCUUUGAAUGAAACAAAGAUAGUGUGAAGGUUUUGCGUAUUAAUUGGAAAUUGUUUUUGCGGCUUCUUUAAGCUUUGAUACUGAAAAUACUAUUCAAACUCCAAAACUGAAGGCUGUCACACUGAAGUUCCGACAACAAGGUGAUAUGUUAAUUGUGGGUUAAAACUUUUUUUUUACCAUAUAAAGAAUACAUACGUAAAUGCACUUACAGUAACUUGCACGUAUCUUGUUCCGUGUUGCGAUAUUC